UUCGAAUCCAAUACGUUGGACUGAUAAGGACUUUCUCGUAAAACGAUUACAAAGCACCAUGAUGAAGACUGCAGUAAUGUUCAUAUUAGUAGUCGUGAUCAGUUUGACGUAUUCAAGCGAGGAGCAGGAGGUAGCGCGCACGUACUGCGGCCGACACUUGGCGAAUAUACUCGCUUACGUGUGCUUCGGAGUGGAGAAACGCGGCGGUGCGCAGUACGCGCCUUACUGGCAGGAGACAUACUUGCGAUCUCGCAAGGGACCCGGCGUAGUGGACGAAUGUUGUUUCCGCCCUUGCAAACUAGAGGUUCUCAAAUCGUACUGCGGUGUGUAAUGUAUUACUUUAACAAAAGUUAUCUACUGACUGUUUUUAAGACCAACGUCUUAAGAUAAGAUAUAUUUAUGUAAUAAAUUGCCAGUAACAAGUA